AUGGCUGUGAAUUUCGAUGCUUCGUCGGAAAAUGAGGCGGGCUUACUCCGUUUCCUUAAAAGCCAGCUAUUAUUUACACCACCGCUUAUUACCCGGGAAGAAGUCGACCUCGCUGGCAAGACAGCUAUAGUUACCGGCGCAAAUGUGGGCUUAGGGUUAGAAUGCGCUCGCCAACUCCUCGAUUUGGGGUGCAAGGUAAUUCUUGCCGUGCGUAGCGAGGCAAGAGGCGAAGCCGCGCGCCGGCAGCUCGCCCAAGGCUGCGACGCGCAAUUAGAUGAUGUUGAAAUUUGGAAAUUAGACCUUAACUCAUACGAUUCUGUCGUGAAUUUUGCUGAGCGCGCCAAGACUCUGACAGGGCUUGACAUAGCGGCUCUUGACGCUGGCAUUUACAAGGUUGAAGAUUCUUUUAAUAGUAUUACGGGCUAUGAGGAAGAUAUCCAGGUAAACUAUCUAUCAAAUGCUCUUCGCACGCUCCUGUUAGUGCCCAUCUUGGCAGACAAGAAAACGGGAGAUGCCCCUGGACGUAUAGUCUUGGUGUCUUCUGGAAUAGCGAAUGCGACCAAAUUUAAUGAAAAGGAGUCAAAUCCAAUACUUCCGGUUUUUAAAAAGAAGAUGGAACCGAAGUGGCUGUUUAAAGAGCGGUACGGUACAUCCAAAGUGCUUGUCCAGAUGUUUGUAGCGGAGUUGGCAAAGCGAGUUCCAUCUUCUGCUGUCGUCGUCACCGUUGCCAGCCCUGGCUUUUGUCACAAAUCGGAAAUCAUACGUGACGGAGAGGGACGUUUUGUGGGAUUAUUGACGGUCUCUCAAAGUCGGCUUAGAUCCACCUCGGAAUAAACAGGGGUCAAUAAUACGGUACUGCCAUAA